CCAUUACCAUUAACGCUAACACAUCACUUUCUCUCUCUAAAACACACACUCACUUUCUCUCUCUACAUUUUUUUUUGUUCUUACUUUUGUGACUUUUGAGCUCCUCUUGGUAGUAUACUACUGUUUUGAGUUAGACAUUUACUUUAAAAUUGUUUAUAUUUUACUGUCACUUCCUUUCAAGGUGCCUCCUUACGUAUAACAUCCCUAUGGGAUUCGUGGGCAUUUGUUUAGGCUCUUUCAUUUUGGGGUUUUGCUGACAAAGCAAUGUUGUUUGAAUUAUGUAUUGGAAGAUCGUUGUGAUGGAGUGCUUGUGAUUCGUGAAGGGCUUUUCUAGUAAGUAGGUGGUACUUCUUAAUUUUAGACUUAUCAUCUAUAUAAUCUUUGAAGUAAAUAUGCCUUCGUGGUGGGGAAAGAUUUCAUCCAAAGAAGACAAGAAGAAAGCAAAGGAAGGUAUCAUCGAUGCACUACAAAGGAAAUUCAAGAUUGCUUUGGAAGAGAAAAGCAGCGGUAGAUCAGGAGGUUAUUGGAGACGUUCUAGUGAAAGUGUUUCAGAGAGGGGAUCUAGAUCACGAGUGCCUUCAAGAUCGCCAUCACCAUCAAAACGAGUAUCACGUUGCCAAAGUUUUGCAGAAAGGCCUCAUGCUCAACCACUUCCACUUCCCGGUGUGCGUCAUACUGACAUUGGUCGGAGUAAUUCAGGAAUUAAUGUUUCAGUAAAACCAGUAUUGGAUAGAAGCUCCAAGCCUUUAAAUUUGCCCCUUCCAAGACCUGAAUGUAUCCCUAAUAGGUUAGAUCACACUUAUAUUGAGGGAGAUUCUGUUUCUAGUGUCAGCUCCACGGAUAGUGAUUACCGGUCUGAUUCACGUGUUCUUAGCCCCCUGACGUCUGACUAUGAAAAUGGAAAUAGAACUGCUACAAACAGCCCUUCAAGCAAGAAGCCGAAAGUUCAUUCCCCCAUUAUUAGCCAAAAGGACUCCAAAGAGACAUUGAAGCCUGCUGAUUUUUCACUCAAUAAUCAGAUUCCUUCAGUAUCACCUCGACGGGCACCUUUAGGUAGUCAUGUACAAAAUCUACAGAUUCCUAAUCGAACGGUAUUCUUCAGUGCUCCAGACAGCUCUUUGUCAAGUCCUUCGAGAAGCCCAAUCAGAGCAUUUGGCUCCGAGCAAGUUCUUAAUUGUAAUUUUUGGGCAGGACUAGGCUCUGGUCAGUGCUCAAGUCCAGGUUCUGGUCAUAAUUCUGGGCAUAAUUCAAUUGGUGGCGAUAUGUCAGGACAGCUGUUUUGGCCAAAUAGUAGAUGUAGCCCUGAGUAUUCUCCAAUACCAAGUCCCAGAAUGACAAGCCCUGGUCCUAGCUCUAGAAUCCAUAGUGGUGCUGUCACCCCUUUGCAUCCACGAGCUGCAGGUUCUGCCAUGGAGUCACCUUCCAGCCGCCCUGAUGAUGGGAAGCAACAAAGCCAUCGGUUGCCCCUCCCACCAAUAACUAUCUCUAAUACUUGUCCCUUUUCUCCUGCGUAUUCAAACGCAACAUCUCCUUCACUACCUCGAAGUCCCAACAGGGCGGAAACUCCUAUAAGUCCUGGCUCACGAUGGAAGAAGGGUCGGCUGCUAGGAAGAGGCACAUUUGGACAUGUUUAUCUUGGGUUUAAUAGUGAAAGCGGUGAAAUGUGUGCCAUGAAAGAGGUAACGCUAUUUGCAGAUGAUCCAAAAUCGAAGGAAAGUGCUCAGCAGCUGGGACAAGAAAUUGCAUUGCUAAGUCGCUUACGCCAUCCAAAUAUAGUGCAGUAUUAUGGUUCUGAAACGGUGGAUGAUAAAUUAUACAUAUACUUGGAAUAUGUUUCUGGUGGUUCCAUCUAUAAACUUCUUCAGGAAUAUGGUCAAUUAGGUGAAGCAGCCAUUCGUAGUUACACUCAACAGAUAUUAUCCGGGCUUGCUUUUUUACAUGCUAAAAAUACUAUCCACAGAGACAUCAAAGGUGCAAAUUUACUUGUAGACCCCAGUGGUCGUGUCAAACUGGCAGAUUUUGGGAUGGCAAAGCAUAUUACCGGGCAGUCUUGUCCCCUAUCAUUCAAGGGAAGCCCAUACUGGAUGGCACCUGAGGUGAUAAAGAAUUCUGGUGGCUGUAAUCUUGCUGUUGAUAUAUGGAGCCUUGGCUGCACAGUUUUGGAGAUGGCAACAACAAAACCACCAUGGAGUCAACAUGAAGGGGUUGCUGCUUUGUUCAAGAUCGGGAACAGCAAGGAGCUUCCUCCACUUCCAGAUCAUUUGUCAGACAGCGGGAAGGACUUUGUGAAGCAAUGCCUGCAACGUGACCCAUCACGUCGCCCUACUGCUGCUCAGCUUUUGGAUCACCCUUUUGUUAAGAAUGUUGCGCCCAUGGAGAAAACAAUUUUGACAGCCGAGUCAUUUGAACUACCAUCGGCAAUUGCAAAUUCAGGAAGAUCAGUGGUAUUGGGAAUUUUCUCUAAAUGCUCAUGCUACAUUCAGUGUUUUCAAUUAUCCAAGAUUCCACCCUCUCUUAAAAAAGGUAUGGGGAACACAAGAAGUACUGCGGGUUUUGACUUAGAAGGGGUUUCCAUCCACCAGUCUAGAGGCUCAAAAAGUGGCGUAGGAUCCAGUGAAGCCCAUACACCAAAGAAUGCAUCAUGUCCGGUUUCUCCUAUUGGGAGCCCUCUGAUGCAUCCAAGGUCACCACAGCAUAUGAAUGGAAGAUUGUCUCCAUCUCCAAUUUCGAGCCCUCAUACUGCAUCAGGCUCAUCCACACCUCUUACCGGCGGCACAGGCGCAAUUCCAUUUCAUCACUCAUUACAGCCAACAGCUUAUAUGCAGGAAAGCUUGGGAAUGAUCCCAAGGUCUCAUAAUAUCUUGUACAGCAAUAGCAUUAAUUAUCAGGAGCCCAAGCAUGAUGUGUUUAGAGGGAUGUCACAAGCCUCUCAUGUUUUCCGGCAAUUGAUUUCGUCGGAAAAUGUUCUUGAAACUCAGUUUGGGCAAUCUACUCAUGGGGGUCUUAAUAAUGGGCCGCCGGUGCUAGCUGAUCGCGUGUCUCAGCAGCUUCUAAGAGAUCAUGUGAAGUUGAAGCCAUCCUUGGACUUGAAUCCGAACUUCUCAAUGCAUGGUCGCAACAAUGGAAUCUAGGAUGCACGCAAAUCCUUAAUCCGCGGAUAGUUUCUAUAUAUGCAGUGGAGAUAUCAUUAAAUGCUUCAAUCGGAUUCAUAUUCUUUCACGGCGGAAAUUAUUUACAAUUCGUACCUGAAAAGUCAAAUGUUGACCAAGUGAUCAAGUUAGUGUUCUCCAAGUUUGGAUGUCGACGGAGAAGGAAUCGAAUGUUCAUAAUACGCAAAAGGAGUGUCAAUGUUUGGCAGCUCUAUGAAAUCAUCGCCACCAGCAGCGGUGGUAAUGAAGAGGGGUUAUACGGUGGUAGAAAGAAAUGUACAUGGUUAUUACACUUGAGGAACACAGGAUUUUUAGGUUUGUUUUCCUGACACUUGUUUUUAGGGUGCAAGGAAUUAAGGGGAACAAAGAAGAAAAAAAAGUUGUACAGAAAAGUUAAGAGAAUCCAGUUUUGGUACAGAGAUUACAAUUGAGGAAGUGCCAGAAGUAUGGUCUAAUCCAUAUAUAGAUACACAUAAUUUCUGUGUUUGAUAUCAGUUUAUGGCAGCUCAAAAAAAAAAAAGUGGACGGGUUGUCUUGCAAACUGAGAUCAAAAUUGUAUCCAAUGUUAAUGAAUUUGCAUUAAAUUGAAGAAAUCUAAUUUUAACCUCUCUAA